CAUCAUUUAAUGAUUUAUUUAUUGUUGUUUUUUCCUUUAUUAUUUAUUAACACACACAACCCAGCCACCACCACCCUACUCUUGUCGCAUAAUAUUCACAUCCACAUACAAAUUGACCUACCUGUCUAUUUGUUUAGCUAGCUUUUACCGUGCUUUAGUGAAUAAACAAGAACCACAAUGCCCCCCAAACGCGCAGCCACCUCGAAGCGCAGGGUUGAGAGUCCCUCAGACACCGUCGAAAAGAAGAAGAUCACGAAUAAGACUGACGCCGCGAGCACGAAGCCGGCUCAGGCUUCGAGAAAGCGGAAGGCUACGGAUUCAGUGGAGGAGACGACGUCAGGGGCUGCGCCAGCGGCCCAGGCGCGCGUUACAAAGAAGCAGAAGGAAGCUCUGGCUAUUAUCAACCUCCCGCCUACGCAGAAACUCGAUGUCUAUGUUUUUGGUACAAACUGCUACGGUGAAUUGGGUCUGGGUGAUGCGACAAAGAAAUCGGAGAUUCCUGGGCCGGUGUUGAACCCGAAGCUGUCGGCCGAGACGGUCGGUGUCGUGCAGUUGGCUAUUGGGGGUGUUCAUUCGGCUGCUCUUACACACGAUAAUAAGAUUCUUACGUGGGGAGUGAACGAUGAGGGUACACUCGGUAGGGAUACAAAGGAGGAGCGCAAGGCUGAGAAUGCGGAUGCUGCCAAAGGUGAGGGUAAGGAGGGUGAGUCGGAUUCGGACUCUGAUGAUGAUGAAGUCGACCUCAACAUGAAGGAGGCCACUCCUACCGCCGUGGACCCUGCUCUCUUCCCUGAGGGCACUGUCUUCACGCAGGUCAUUGCGACAGAUAGUGCCACUUUCGCUCUUACCCAGGAGGGACGGGUCUAUGGUUGGGGCACUUUCAGAGGAAGCAACGGUGUGAUUGGGUUUUCCCCCGAAACGAAGAUCCAAAGGCAGCCAGUUCUGAUCCCCGGUCUUGAGAAGGUGACGCAGCUUGCGUCUGGUGCGCAACACGUCCUGGCUUUGACCGCCAAGGGCGCUGUUUUGACCUGGGGCUGCGAGGAACAAAACCAGCUUGGACGGAGAAUUUCAGGACGUCUGCAUGGCAAGCUCGAAAGUCUCAUCCCCGGGCAAUGUGCCCUCCCAUCGGACGUCGUGAGCAUCGGUACCGGUUCUUAUCAUUCCUUCGCCAUCCGCAAGAACGGCCGGGUGCAUGCUUGGGGUUCCAACAACUUCGGUCAGACAGCCGUCCCCAUGAGUGCGGGACAAAGCGAUGCCGUGGUCCUCUACCCGACGGAAGUCAAGUCUUUCCGGAAGCAAAGCAAAAUCGUUUCUAUCUGCGGUGGAAAGGACCACAGCGUGGCUGUUACAGAAGACGGGAAAUGCCUAUCCUGGGGACGUGUGGAUAACAAGGCCCUUGGCAUUUCGCUCGAGGAUAUGCCGUCAGAUGAGCUCGUGCAUGAUGAGCACGGGCGACCCCGUAUCCUAACGAUGCCAACCCCCCUUACUGAUAUCAAGGAGGAGGUUGUCUUCGCAACAGCCUCCAGUGACCAUUCGUUUGCCAUCACCAAAGACGGCCAGGCGUAUAGCUGGGGUUUCAACGUACAGCGCCAGGCUGGUCACCGCGACGAGGAUGAGAUCGAACGACCGACACUGCUCCAAAACAAGCACGUCAAUGGAAAGAAGCUAGUGUCUGCCUCAGGGGGAGGUCAGUUCAGCAUGCUCGUUGGAGCGCACUCACCGCAAGUGAACGGGACUCAGGCCUGAAAUCUUAAAAGCCAGCUUUUUGUAAUAAUUUUGUUACCCAUUUGCAUUGAUAUUUACGUGUAUUAGUAUGUGACAGCAGUUAUCCCUCCAAUCAAGAGUUCUGGCGUUUGCGCUCCGA